CUUCACCGUUCCCUCUCCAUUUUCUUCUCCCAAAGGACAGGCCUUUGCUACAUAGCAACCACCCCACUUCCGCAAGAAAAACCACCUAACUCAACGUUGAUCCCAAGGGGUACUAUCGAAAUGAACAUUGACCUAGAUAACUAUCUCAACACAACCAUGAAUCCUCUAGACCCUGAGGAAUUCAGGAGGCAAGGCCACAUGAUUGUGGACUUCCUUGCAGACUACUACAAAAAUGUUGAGAAAUAUCCAGUUCGAAGCCAAGUUGAACCGGGUUACCUUCGAAAACGCCUACCGGAGCUUGCUCCAGAUGAGCCUGAAACUAUAGAAACAAUUCUAAAAGAUGUGCAAAAGGAUAUCAUACCUGGUUUAACACAUUGGCAAAGUCCAAACUUCUUUGGUUACUUCCCUUCCAGUGGAAGCGUAGCAGGAUUUAUUGGUGAAGUGCUUAGCUCUGGCUUUAAUGUUGUUGGAUUCAACUGGAUUGCUUCACCAGCUGCCACAGAGCUAGAGAGCAUAGUGAUGGACUGGUUUGGAAAAAUGCUUAACCUUCCCAUUUCAUUUCUUUUCUCUGGCGGUGGUGGUGGUGUUCUACAAGGGACUACUUGUGAGGCCAUCCUGUGCACACUAACCGCGGCGAGGGACCAAAUGUUAGACAAAAUUGGGAGAGAAAACAUGGGGAAGCUUGUUGUUUAUGGGUCUGAUCAAACCCACUCUGCACUCCAAAAAGCUGCUAAAAUUGCAGGCAUUAACCCCUUGAAUUUUCGAUCUCUAUUGACCACAAAGUCCACUGCAUUUGGGUUAUCUCCCGUUUCACUAAGGUCAGCAAUUCAAUCAGAUGUCAAAUUUGGGCUAAUUCCAUUGUUUUUCUGUGCCACUAUAGGGACUACUUCGUCCAAUGCAAUUGAUCCAUUGGGGCCAUUAUGUGAUGUAGCAAAAGAUUAUAAUAUAUGGGUUCAUAUUGAUGCUGCAUAUGCAGGAAGUGCAUUUAUUUGCCCAGAGUUUCGUCAUUUUCUUGAUGGUAUUGAGGGUGCUAACUCAUUUAGCCUCAAUGCACAUAAAUGGUUCUUCACCACUUUGGAUUGUUGUUGUCUCUGGGUAAAGGAACCAAGUGCCCUAAUCAAAUCUCUCUCAACUGAUUCGGAGUAUUUGAAGAACAAGGCUUCCGAUUCAAACCAAGUGGUGGACUACAAAGACUGGCAAAUAGCAUUGAGCCGACGAUUCCGAGCAAUGAAGCUAUGGCUUGUGCUCAGAAGCUAUGGAGUAUCAAACCUCAGAAACUUCAUAAGAGGUCAUGUAAAAAUGGCAAAACAUUUUGAAGGGCUCAUAGCCAUGGACAAGAGGUUCGAGGUCAUGGUUCCGAGAAAUUUUGCAAUGGUUUGUUUUCGGGUUUCGCUAUUAAUGGUGGGAAAUGCUACUCAGAAGCUUUUAGGUGAAGGAGAUGCAAAUGAAUUCAACAAAAAACUUUUGGAAUCCAUUAAUGCAACAGGGAGAGUGUACAUGACACAUGCUGUGGUUGGGGGAGUGUACGUGAUAAGGCUUGCUGUUGGAGCAACACUUACAGACUAUUGCCAUGUGAACAAGGCUUGGAAGGAGAUACAAGAGCAUGCACACCCCAUGCAAAAUGAGUUUUUGCGACAACAUGAAGCUUUUCUGGCUGGUCCACAAAUAAAUGAAUUCAAGCUGAGUACUAGAUUUCCAUGUCCGUAGCAUUGUAAUAAAGUGCUACUUAGGCUUGACCUAGUAGCCAUUUAUGUGUUGCCCUCUGGAGGUCUUCGUUCAGAUUUAGAAUAAUAGUUCAGAUUUAGAAUAAUAGUAAGGGA